CAGUAUGAGUCAGUGUUGACAACUACCUCAACUAUACGAUGAUAUCAUCCACAGAGUUGAGAGCGGACUAGAGUUUUUUAAAUGUAGCUCCUGGCACCUUCUAGUCACUAUGCAGUUAAUACUUCAAGAAUGUAAAUUCUUAAACCCUUACUAUGUACCUAUGUUUGUCCUCUGUUGAUGUGUGUCUUUCUUUGUUUGCUGAAAUACAUACUUUUUUUUAAUCAAACAAUCAAAUACAACCAUGAGUUUCCUUGCUGAGAUUCAAUUGGCACAUUCCCACUGAGUUUCCAUCUUAGAGCAACAGCAAUAAGGUAACAUGAGGAAAGAGUAAGAGAUACACAGCUGUCCUAAAUAAUGUAAAUUCAUUCCAUUUAGACUACAUGGCUUGUAUGCUAAACUUACCUUUCUUAUCUUGCCUCUGUGUAAUCAUUAACCUUGCGGGGAUACAUUGUAAACGCGACUACUUCCUCAAACAGGGUGUUACUAUUCUGCUCUUCACAGAACUAGUAGCAUAGUAGGCUAAAUGCUAUUUAUCAGUUCCUGGACUUACACCAUUAUUUUGUUAGAAUUAUAUUCGUACAGUGUAGCCUAGUGUACAGCUUAUGUUUUUGAGGUCUGAAGAUCAUCAUAGCCCCUGCGUAAAUUUUCCACGUGUGUAGGAUGAUUUCGUAGAGAGCUUCUGAGGGACGUGUGUAUCCCAGCCAGGAGAGGAAUGCCCCAGACUGUGUUCCCAGCAGCAGGCACCAUGUUCACCCCCAGUGGCUUCAGCCCCCACCUGGCCUCCACCUGCUCUGAGGCUGACCCUGAGGAGGAGGAAGGCCCCCAGGAGGCCAGAGGACCUGGGGCUUGCGUGGCCGACGGACCCCCCAUUACCUCCGCCUCUCUGGACACUCUCAUCCAGCACCUGGUGCCCACCGCAGACUACUACCCAGAGAAAGCCUAUGUGUUUACGUUCCUGCUGAGUGCUCGUCUGUUCAUCUCUCCUCCUGAGCUGCUGGCCAGACUCUGUGACACCUGCAUCAAACAACAACAGUUGGACCAGAGUCCAAUGGACACGGCUAAAGUGAGGAAGUUUGGUCCCAAGAUCCUGCAGCUGCUGACUGAGUGGACAGAGACGUUUCCCACAGACUUCAGAGAGGAGAAGAUGGUGGGCCUUUUCAAAGAUAUCAUCCACAGGAUAGCACCCUGUGAUGAGGCAUAUUGGAAGACACUGAACCAGGUUUUGCAGACACUGAACCAGAAGCUGGCAGCCAUCGCCCAGGGAGAGGAGAGCAUUGUCAAAGUGAAUGCCUCCUCAGUCUCCUCAAUCUCAGACAAGCUGGUGGGCUUCAAGACCAAGCCUCCACCUAUCCAGAAGGAUAUACUGUCUAUCUGCAAUGACCCAUACACACUGGCACAGCAACUCACCCAUGUGGAACUGGAACAUCUCAGUUAUAUCGGUCCUGAGGAGUUUGUCCAAGCCUUUGUUCAGAAAGACCCACUAGAUAGCACUCAGCAGCCGUGUUUCAGUGAGCAGAAGAAGAAGACCACUAACCUGGAGGCUUAUGUCAGGUGGUUCAACAGGCUGUGCUACCUGGUAGCUACUGAGAUCUGUAUGCCUGCUAAGAAGAAACAGAGAGCCCAGGUGAUUGAGUUCUUCAUCGAUGUGGCCAGAGAGUGCUUCAACAUUGGCAAUUUCAACUCCCUCAUGGCCAUCAUCUCUGGUAUGAAUAUGAGUCCUGUGUCUCGGUUGAAGAAGACGUGGGGCAAAGCCAAGACUGCCAAGUUCUUCAUCCUGGAGCAUCAGAUGGACCCUACUGGAAACUUCUACAACUACAGAACAGCACUGAGGGGAGCCGUCCACAGGUCCCAGACUGCUAAUAGCAUCAGGGAGAAGAUUGUAAUUCCCUUCUUCAGCCUACUGAUCAAAGACAUAUACUUCCUGAACGAGGGAUGUGCCAACCGCUUGCCCAAUGGCCAUGUACACUUUGCGAAAUUUGUGGAAUUGGCUCGCCAGGUGGGAGAGUUUAUGACGUGGAAACAGAUAGAGUGUCCGUUUGAGACAGACAGGAGCAUCCUCCACUACCUCCACACUGCUCCCAUCUUCAGUGAGGACGGCCUCUACCUGGCAUCCUAUGAGAGUGAGAGCCCAGAGAACCAGGUGGAGAAGGACAGAUGGAAAGCACUCAGGUCUAAUAUUCUGGUGAAGACAAAAGAGCUAAAAGAGCACCAUGGCAGCUAACCCUCAGGCCAGCCCAGCAAGGGGGAGGGAGGG